AUGCCCACCGGGCUCCGGCGGUCCUGCCUGGGCGUCCCUCUCGGGUCCGCAAGUGCGCCUGCGCAGGCCGCCUCGCGCCCGGUGACAGCAGGCCCGCGGCCGCCCGCCCGCCUCCUGCUGCUGCUGCUGCUGCUGCCGCUGCGCGACGGCCCGGCGCGGCCUGGGCGGGCUGGGGGCGCUCGAGGGACGCGGGCAGCGGCGGCGAUGAGGCCGCGCGGCCCGACCGGCGGCGGCUUCGGCUUCGGGCUGGGCCUGGGCCUGGGCCUGGGCCUGGGCGCCCGGCGCAAGGCGACGCGGCUGCCGCAGCUCUUCGAGCGCGCCUCGCGGCGCUGGUGGGACCCGCAGUUCGACUCGAGCAACCUGGAGGAGGCCUGCCUGGAGCGCUGCUUCCCGCAGACGCGGCGCCGCUUCCGCUACGCGCUCUCGUACCUGGGCGCCGCCGGGCUGCUGUGGGGCGCCUACUUCGCGCUGCGCCUGGGCCCGGGCGGCCGGCAGGCGCCCUUCGUGGCGCCGGCGCUCGUCUUCCUGGCCGCCUGCCUCGCCUUCUUCCUCUUCACCUUCACGCGCGCCUACGGCCGCCACCCGGUUGGCACCUCGCUGCUGCUCACGCUGCUCGUCUUCGCGCUCACGCUGGCGCCGCAGUUCCAGGCGCUCGGGCCGCCGCCGGCCGCGGCCGGUGCCAACGCCUCGCGCCCCGCGCCCGCCGCCGCCGCCUGCCUGUCGCCGGUGGGCAGCUUCUCCAUGUGCAUCGAGGUGCUGCUGCUGCUCUACACGGUCAUGCACCUGCCGCUCUACCUGAGCCUCUUCCUGGGGCUGGCCUACUCGGUCCUCUUCGAAGCCUUCGGGUACCACUUCCGCAGCGAGCACUGCUUCGUGCCCUUCGUGGACCAGCGCGACUACUGGGAGCUGCUCAGCAAGGCCCUGCUUCACAUCUGCAUCCACGCCACGGGCAUCCACCUGUUCAUCAUGUCCGAGGUCAGGUCCAGGAGCACUUUCCUCAAGGUGGGGCAGUCGAUUAUGCACGGCAAGGACCUCGAGGUGGAAAAGGCGCUCAAGGAGCGGAUGAUCCACUCUGUCAUGCCCCGGAUUAUCGCCGACGAUUUGAUGAAGCAGGGCGACGACGAAAGCGAGAACUCGGUCAAGCGCCACUCCACCUCCAGCCCCAAGAACAGAAAGAAAAAGCCUUCCAUCCAGAAGAACCCCCUCAUAUUCCGACCUUUCAAAAUGCAGCAGAUAGAACAAGUCAGUAUUUUGUUUGCAGACAUCGUCGGCUUCACAAAAAUGAGCGCCAACAAGUCCGCCCAUGCACUUGUGGGCCUCCUGAACGAUCUCUUUGGCCGCUUUGACCGCCUGUGUGAAGACACAAAAUGUGAGAAGAUAAGCACCUUGGGGGACUGUUACUAUUGUGUGGCGGGCUGCCCUGAGCCCCGCGAGGACCAUGCGUAUUGCUGCAUUGAGAUGGGCUUGGGCAUGAUUAAAGCCAUCGAACAAUUUUGCCAGGAGAAGAAAGAAAUGGUGAACAUGCGGGUUGGCGUUCACACCGGGACUGUCCUGUGUGGCAUUUUAGGAAUGAGGAGGUUUAAGUUUGAUGUAUGGUCUAAUGAUGUCAACUUGGCCAACUUAAUGGAGCAACUGGGUGUGGCAGGGAAGGUCCAUAUUUCAGAGGCUACUGCAAAAUACUUGGAUGACCGCUACGAAAUGGAGGAUGGAAAAGUGAUCGAGCGCGUUGGCCAGAGUGUCGUGGCAGACCAGCUUAAAGGUCUGAAAACGUACCUGAUCUCCGGUCUGAAAGUGAAGGAGUCCCAGUGCAGCUGCUCACGGACUCUACUUCCAGGUCUCGAAGCAGGAGGCAGAAACAAGUUGCAGAGCACCUCAUCAGGGGAGAAUUUUGGUGAUUCAGUGAAGGGUGUCAGGCCUUCAGAGAAAAACAAGAUGUGCCCUUCGUGCAAUAUUGCACUUGCACCUCCCUGCAGUGUGAGUGCAGACGAAGCAGCGAUCCAGAACGGGUGCCAGGAGGAGCAUAAAAACAGUGCAAAGGGCCCUGGAGGAUGCAGUCCAAAGUCGCAGAAUGGACUGUUAAGUCCUCCCCAAGAGGAGAAGCUGAGCAACAGCCAGACAUCACUCUACGAAAUAUUGCAGGAGAAGGGAAGGUGGAUAGGUGUGAGCUUGGAUCAUUCAGCUCUUUUACCGUUGCGAUUCAAAAACAUCAGAGAAAAAACUGAUGCCCACUUUGUCGACGUGAUUAAAGAAGACAGCUUGAUGAAAGACUAUUUUUUUAAACCGCCUAUUAACAAGCUGAGCCUGAACUUCUUGGAUCACAAUCUAGAGAUGGCCUACAGGAGCAGCUAUCAAGAGGAGGUCGUGAGAAAUGUGCCCGUGAAGACCUUUGCCAGCGCUACGUUCAGUUCACUCCUGGAUGUGUUCCUGUCCACCACAGUCUUCCUCAUCCUCUCCGUCGCCUGCUUCCUGAAGCACUGGGUGGCCGCCUCGCCGCCUCCGCCAGCCGCGGUGGUCGUGGUGGCGAUUGCCGUCCUGCUGGAGGUGCUGUCCCUCGUCAUCUCCAUCAGAAUGGUGUUCUUCUUGGAAGAUGUGAUGGCUUGCACAAAGCGGCUGCUGGAGGUGAUCUCUGGCUGGCUGCCACGACACGUCAUUGGUGCCAUCUUGAUCUCCCUCCCUGCCCUCGCGGUCUUCUCACAUUUUACCUCAGAAUUUGAAACCAACAUUUACUGCACGAUGUUCAUGUGCUCCGCCAUCCUCAUCACUAUUGUCCAGUACUGUAACUUCUGCCAGCUCAGCUCCUGGAUGCGGUCGUCUCUGGCCACGCUCGUUGGAGGAGUGCUGCUGAUCUUGCUGUAUGUUUCUCUGUGCCCGGACAGCUUUAUGGAGGACUCUCACCUUGAUUCAGCCAUGAACUUCAGCUCUGUUGAAAUCUCCAAUUCAGUACAGAACUUCAGCUCUAGAGAAUUCUCCCGUCUUCAUUCAGCGCACAAGUACAGCUCCAUCGAGCAUGUAUGCAACAGGUCAAUGUCAGAAGACUUCAGGAGACCAGCAGACCUGAUUGGCCAGGAAGUGAUUCUGGGUUUCUUCCUUCUGCUCCUUUUGGUUUGGUUUUUAAAUCGGGAAUUUGAGGUGAGUUACCGUCUUCACUAUCACGGCGAUGUGGAAGCUGACCUUCACCGUACCAAGAUCCAGAGCAUGAGAGAUCAGGCCGACUGGCUGCUGCGGAAUAUUAUUCCGUAUCAUGUGGCAGAGCAGCUGAAAGUGUCGCAGAGCUACUCCAAAAACCAUGACAGUGGCGGCGUGAUCUUUGCCAGUAUCGUGAACUUCGGUGAGUUCUACGAGGAGAACUACGAGGGCGGCAAGGAGUGCUACAGGGUCCUGAACGAGCUGAUUGGGGACUUCGAUGAACUGCUGAGCAAGCCCGACUACAGCAGCAUCGAGAAGAUCAAAACCAUUGGGGCCACGUACAUGGCUGCCUCCGGGCUGAACACCUCCCAGUGCCAGGACAUCAACAAUCCCCACAGCCACCUGCAAACCCUCUUUGAAUUUGCCAAAGAAAUGAUGUGCGUGGUCGAUGACUUCAACAACAACAUGCUGUGGUUCAACUUCAAGCUGCGCAUUGGCUUUAACCAUGGCCCUCUGACUGCCGGGGUUAUUGGUACCACCAAACUCUUGUACGACAUCUGGGGCGACACUGUGAACAUAGCCAGCAGGAUGGACACCACGGGGGUGGAGUGCCGCAUACAGGUGAGUGAGGAGAGCUACCGCGUCCUUAACAAGAUGGGGUAUGACUUUGAUUACAGGGGGACAGUCAACGUGAAGGGCAAAGGUCAGAUGAAGACCUUCCUUUACCCCAAAUGCAUGGACAGCGGCAUCGUCCCGCACCACCAGCUGUCCAUCUCUCCCGACAUCCGUGUUCAAGUGGACGGCAGCAUCGGGCGGUCUCCGACAGACGAGAUCACCAACCUGGUGCCUUCUGUGCAGAGCUCGGACAAGGGGCCUCGUGCCUCGGACCGCAGCACGGAGCUCAAGGACGGGCUGCCGCCUUUCAAGAAGCUUCCUAGUGAGGCAGCGAAGCCAGGCGACCGAAGGAGACUUGGUAAGGCUGGGGAAAGUGGUGCCCGCGAGGAAGCGGGGCCUGACGAGGCCGAUGAAUCGACCAAACUGAACAGCUCGCGGAGUGUAUGACUCCCCGGAGAGCAGCGCCUCGGCCUCUGUCCACCGGAGCACAGAGACGCUCCGGCUGGCGGUGUUCUCCUGGGGGAGCAGGUAGGAAAGGGAGUGGCCGCUGGUUUCGUUGUUCCCUGGGUCCAAGUGGAUCACAGCCAUGUAGGGCCAAGCCCCGUCUCCCUCCCCUUGAAACACUCUCAGCUCAGAGGGGACAUCAAGUGCCUUCAGAUAACUCUGCUGGACUCUUUGUCUAGUUACAGAGGCACAAAGUCAAACCAUACGUUGGGGAUCCGAACACAUCCAAAGGAGAGAUUUUUUUCUUUUUUACUGUUUCUCACCGACACUACUUGUUUUUGUUUUGGCUACUGCAGCUCCUUGAAAAUAUAUAAAAUGUUAAGCCUUUUGUAUGUAAACAAAGACAACUGCACGGUUGCCCACCCUCAGCGUCUGAUGCAAAGCGUCGGUCAGUGAAGUGGCCUCGGUCGCUGGUAGCGCGGGAUUGUCUCUCGGGAGGUUGGAGGGCGGAGGAAAGAGGAACUGACACUUCCAGAAACAAAAGCAAAGCCAGUGCCAGGCUGGGGUGUGUGGCUUCUGACCUCCACGCUUUGAUUAAACUGUUUUCUCUGUAUCUGGUAUGACCUAAGAGAGACAACUGAAUAAAUGAUCCAGGACAGCCUCUCCUCUUCUUCUCUUCUCUCUCUCUGCACAGCCCCACUUACCGUGCAGAGGCACCUGGGAUUCUCGGGGUGGAGACGGGCGUAAUUGGAGCGCCAGUUCAGCACACGUGCAGCUGUGCUCCGGCCGUCCCGUGGCAGAGCCGGUGGCCGAGGCGGCAAGCACCCGGUGCGGCUUGUGCAGGGAUGGGGAAUGGGCUUGCCCACACUGUGUGCAUCUGUUCCCACAGUCAGAACAUGUGGCAGGAUCAGGGCCAGAGUCAGUCAGAGGAAGCGGCUUUUGACAAGGGAAUUGUGGCUUUUUUGUCUCUAUUUCAGUUAGCACAGCCUUCUGAGAAUGCCAAAUAUUUUUGGUUCUGAAUAGCCGAAUAGCUGCGAUGCAGCAUCCUAUCUGUCACGAGCCAUGCAGCCUCGCCUGCAUUUUUGCAAGUGGAACAGAUGUGAAAGGAAUUCCCGUAGGUUUAGGGUUGGGUCAUUUGCACUUGUGUAGGAGGACUGCACCUUCUCAGUAAUCUGAACUGGUUCAAUAGAAAGGUGGCAUUCAGCUGUUUAGUGUUAUUGGACCUUUUGGAGCCAAACGGCUGACUCUGACAUUUAAUCAGCUGUUGAUUUUCAUUGUUUUUGUCGCUGCACUGCUAUUCUUUAAAAUUAAAGCUAGCAUGCAAUCGCUUUUGCCUCAGACAUGAAGUCCAUCCUUUAAGUCGCUUUCGGCGCGCACAAGGCCCUUUCUGCCCUGUUCCGUUUCCCCACCCUUCUGUAUCCUGCACUGGACAGUACUGUGAUCCAUGCUGUCUUUUAAGAAGCUCUGGCUCCAUUUCAGGAUCACUCGGCCUGACCAACAUGGUGGCUGGUGCGUUUCCAGCACAGACUCAGGAGUCCAGGCUGAGUUUCUUCCCUUUCCUCUUUUCGCUGAGAGGGCACAGCUGUGUGCUUAUCGAAGUGUAGAUGCAAGGGCUACGUUCUUCCUGCACUAGCCUUCACCAUGGCUAAAUAUGCAACCCUGGACAUACUUCCUAGGACUUAACCUCCGGCAUGUGUGGUGGACUCCUUCUGAAUGCAGCUAUGUGGGAGCCUGCUGCUCUCCUCCUGGUUUUGCCCCCACCCCAAAUUGAGCUCUAGGAAUUUCAGUGUCUUUUGCAAAUGCCUUUUGUCUCCAGCAGAUGGACUUCUUGGGGGGUAAACAUAAGGACGCUAAUUUCAGUUUCUUCUGGAAUGUGAACUGCAUAUCUCCGUGGCUGGAUUGGCCGAGGCUACUGCUUGUCCGCCCGCAGUGGGCUGCACUGGUGGUAACUCUCUUCCUUUUAGCCUUCUUGUUCAGGGUCAUAAACUUGAAGCCAGCCAUGAUGUUGGCCAGUGGUAGAACGGGCCUUGAGAACGAGAGUCUGUGGGACACUCGUCUUGACUCUGCUCCAGCUGUUAACGCUUGCUGGAUUUCUAGCCACAGGGGCUCUGUACAAUGAAACACUGCAAGAGGGAGCAGUAAUGUUACCCCAUUUAGGAGACACUGCGACCAGCUCUUGCCAGGGACAAAAUGCUCAGAUGCUUCAGAAUCCUUUUUUUUUUUUUUUUUUUUAGUCACACAAAAAUUUAAAUAGUUGGUUCGCCUGGCUGUAGCCCGGCCGAGGCGUGACUCCUGUAACUUUCGCCGCCGUGUGUGUGGUCAGCAGCACCUGUAACAGGCCUUCCCAGAUAGACUGGAUCGGUUCAUACUUCCACUUCUUCCGAUUUACCCCAUCUCCAGGGUUGGAAGGACAGCCGUCCCCACCCGAGGCAGGCAGUUGCUUCGACCGCAUGAGCCUCUGCAGAGAACAGAUAAUAAGACUGUCAAGGGACCAGAUAUUCUUUUAACUGCUCCUCUCCAUUCAAAACAUUUUACCAGCUCCCAUCCCCUCAUCUGCUUCCAGCCCACUCCCAGGAAACGCCCGGGCAAGCGGGGCUGCGAAAGGCGGUAGCCCCGUUUGCUUCCAAGGGGCCGUCUGCAGCCUCAGAAGCCCGGAGUCACUCCUGGGUCCCCUCCACCGCCUCACCCCAGCAUGGAUCGCGCUGCAGGAGGAGCAGGCACCCCUAGGGGGCGGCCUGGUCCCGGCUUAAGGGCUUCCAUGUCCAGCCAGGGGUGCUGCCGUAUUGCUCCAGCAGACUGGCCACCCCGGGGCCGCGGUGUCCAGCGGCCUCGGAACAGCCCCCGGUCUCCCCGAGCCCUCGCUGGGCCGAACCAGCGCCCACAGUGCUGCUCCUUCCCACCCAGGCCCGUGGAGGUGGUAUGUCCAGUCGAGGCCAGAUCCAGGCCUUCGCUGCGCACCAAUCCCUUCUCUGAGGUCAGGAAAACUCUCAGCACACUCUGGCAAUCUACCCAGGUCCAAAAGAGAGGCUGGAAAAACUCCCUCAAUCCAUAGGGAUCAUCCCGGCACUUUGGGGGACGAUUAAGAGCUGGGAAACGGCACGCGCAGCCGCACAAAAUUUCCUGAGCCGCCAGAAGCGACUUGCAGUGCAGGACUCUUGUUCUGAACAGUGGUGGCGGCUUUUGACACACUCGGGUCCGCAGAAUCCCUCCUUAGUGGCGUGCGGUGUGGGGGAUGGCCAAAGACCGCCCCCCCCACCCCGCACAGGAUGGAAGCUGAAGGCAGCUCCCCUUGGGUGGGGAUGAAGGACUCUCAGCCCCCUCCGAAAUCAAAUCUGCAGCCUGCUGAGCUGGGGGGGGGGGAGCCACAAAGGCUGCCCACAGAGCUCAUGCUCAGUUGGUGCCUGUCCCCCCAUGUCUAGCGCCUUAUGGUUGCCCAGGCCUUGUAGGCAUCUCUUGUGGGUCCCAGAACCAAAUUAAACAGCAGCCCUGACCAGGGAAGAGGUACACAAGCCCCGGCCUCACACUCAAAAUGGCAUCGCAUGGAGCAGGCCGGCACCCUUCCAUCCUCCAGGGCCAAAUGGUGCUCCGAGGAAAAAGGACACAGCCACCUCCUCCCUAAGCCCACGAGCAGCACGCCAGGGGAAAGUUGGGUCUGUCCUUCAGCGUCCUUCCUUUCAAAGCUACGCGAAAACUUGUUAGGUGGCUCUGAGGCCUCCAUGUAGGCAGAGCUUAUUCUAACAGAAGCUGAUUUUGUAGUGUGCUUUUGGGUAACUGAGGCAGUGAGUGGGCUUCAGUCAGAAAUGGAAAGGGUUCUGUGGCUCGCAUAUCGGAGCAUCAUUUGGAGCAUGUGGGCCCACCUCCGUCCCGCUGUGUGUGGAACGGCUGGGAACAGACACACUCCACGUUCUCCUUGGAGCCAGAGAAUUUGCCCAACAUCUGCUGCUACAAAUGGAAGGGAAGUGAGCAGGAAUAGCAGAAUGUUGCCCUGGCCAUGGGCCAGGGGAACUCCUGCCAAAAUUCUGCUCAGCUCCAGAUGCUUCCAAAUAAUACUCUGCACAUGCACAGAAUCCAAAUGUAGGAGCACACUGGUGAACACUUGAAGAUCCACAGUUAGCGGUCAGCAAGCUGUCCUUCCACAGAGAAAUAUUUAAAUAGGGUAACCUCUGAAAUUGGAGUAAAGAACAAUUGUAGUUUGUAAGUAUGCAAAGAAAAACGAACGUUGAGCUCAGUACAUGCCUUAAGAGAACUUUGUAGAUAGAAAGGGAGAAGAAAAGGAAGCUGAGGAUGCGUAAGUAGGUCUUGACAAGCGUCUGCUUCCACAUUACAGAAGACUGCUUCUGUUGGAGAGGUUGAGCUGGGCCCAUCAUUCUCAAGGGAGUGGCAGGACGAGCAGAUGCCAGAGCGAAGGGUCGGUGGGGACCUGGCGAUGGGAGCGGCACAGGGGAGCGCUAAGCUGGCAGCAGUAAUGGGGAGCCCCGGUAGCAAGCGGGGAAGGGAGAAGAAGGGGAUCGACCCCCAAAUCUCACACGGGUAGCCAAGGCAGCAAGGCACCCAAGGGGGAGGAUGCGGAGAGCUGGGGUCGCGGUGGGUGGGUGUCUCCUGGCCUUGCCCCCGGCACUCGAACUCCUGCCAGUCGAACUGGCUGCUUUGCUCACCAGGAGCAGGUUGGGUGAAGCACUGUCAGGAGGAGGUAGCCAAGCGGCCAGCGGAGAGGCUUCCCCUCCGAGUAAGGUCCACUUCCCGGUUGUGAAGUUAAAGGCAAGGCACACAAGUGUUCCCAUCAGACCGCCCUUGUUCGCGUGCGUGUCUUGGCCCCCCUGAGGGGAGCAAAGGCAUGCUGCUGGCGUCGCCUGCACCCCCCCCCCCCGGCCCGUUUCCAUGCCCUGGAGACCAGUGGAGCACACCCCCUUUAACGGCUGGAUCACUCGCUCCCUUCAGCCGUUCAGAAUCCUUUUACUUCUCACAUGCUAGUCAUGCGCAUUCUAAAUAAAAAGUGUGGGCUCUUGACAUUCGUGACACCCGAUUCCCUCAAAGCUGUCCGCUGGGGGCUGUUUUAACUUUGCCGUGUCUAUAAAGCUCUACUGAGGCUUGCAACAUGGGCGGUUUCUCACACCCACGACCCAGCCGCACCACCAGAGGGACUCUCCUGGGGCUGGCCACACAAGCAGGGGGAACUGGGCUGCUUUCGGGGCAUGGCCUCCUUAGAUCCGAGCCUGCGAUUGCCAGUAGGCGCAGGGGUGCUGAUGCCAAUAAUCACAGAGUAUAUAACGAAAGCCUCGCAUUGCCUGCGCCUUGAGAGGCAGCUGUGGGAGUCUGCCUGCAGGCGUCCCUUCCGGUUGGUUCAGAAUGGCAGUUUCUGGUGACCUCAGUGGGAGCAGAGCUGAAGACCGGAGCACACCCCAAAGUCUUCACUGUCUCUUCUGUGCAAUCGUUUCUCACAGGAGCAAUGAAACCUGCAAUAUAGGCCGCCUUCAUUUCAGGGGAGAUACAUUUUACAGCAGAAGACUGUUAUUUUAGGGGCUUCCUGUUUUAUCCAAGGCCAUCAGGUCUCCUUAAAAAUAGGCCUGUGACAGAACCAUCUUCUGCUAAAGUGUCAGCUCAUGAACCGCCUCGGUGCCGCUCUGCCUUCCUCUGUACCACCGAGCUGUGCUCCCCUCGCGCCAGCCUGGGGCAGCUUGUGAAAGGCCAGCGCUGCGGCGAAACGUGGCUUCCCAAAGGGAUGCAGCAGCGUGCACCCAGGCCCCCAGCCCGCCUUGGCCUCCACGCACGCCAUGGCAGCCAGGAGCAACCCCAAAGCCUUAACGAGCUGGAAGGCAGUUCAGAAAGCACCAGGAGACGCUCGGCCGCAGGCCUGUGGAGAUGCCUGUAGGAUGUUUCUGGGGAAAGACGGCUGUUCUCUGGAGGCUGAAGGUGCUGGUCAGCGCUGUGGGGCCAGAAGCACUGUGGUGGCCCUCCCACUUGUCGCCAUGGGGCUGAGCCUGGCCCUUGACCACUUCUCAGGAUCUCGUGAUUCAAAGCCAACUUAGUAGUUCACUGGCAAUACUCUUAGGACUGUGAAGGAACUCGGUGGGCAGGGCAGGGCAGGGCAGGGCGCUGUGCUCCACCCUGGAGCAGAACAUCCCGCCUGCACUAGGCCCGCGUUGUGGCUUCGUGCAAGCAGCUGCAGGGGCCUGGCCUGGCUGGCUGGCUGCAACCUUGGCUGACCCAGCACCACCCGGGUGGUUCAUUCGUGUCCCCUGUUGCUGGCUGAUUCUCUGGCACGCUGAGAGGACUAAGUCAAGAACAGUCGGGCAAAUUCCAUGGGGACGGUGGUUCUUCAGCCGUAUCGACAGCAUUAUCUUAGCCUUGAUACCUAAUAUAGGUUCUUUUACUUGCUUCUGAAAAGUUACCUGCCCUUGCACUUACUGGAGGGAGAAAUAAGCUGCCAAUUCCUGGGGGAGGGGGGAGCCCUGGGGAGCCCUGUGCAACCUGGUCUGUCCUUGAUGUGCUGCAGAGUCUUCAGAGCUCCCACCUGCUGUGCCAGGAUAUCUGGAGAGGCAAGAGACGGAAGCAGCCUGGAAUGCUUACUCUGCAAAGACGGCAUUUCCCUGCAGGUACCUCUUGGCUGCUGGGCCUUCGGGAGGACGGGCUUUCCUCGGAAACUGCCCCUAAUGCACAUCAGGGUCGGCUGUGACUGCGCCCUCACCGCUGUUCCAAUUGCCCUGGUUGACGUGGGCUUGUUCUCGGAAGAGAAAGGCAGCGCAGCUGCUGCCUUUCCCACUCCAGCUGGGGCAACGAACAUCCCUCAAUUUCUCUUUGCUUGCUGGGGUAGCAAAACUGCUCCUCCUCUCUGUAGAUUUAAACCUGCAGGUGUUUGGGUAAAAACACUAAAGGUGAAAAUUGUAUGUGUGGAACACUAUAUGUAUAUAGGAGGUAAAACUGCGUACUAUCUGACUUGUUAUUCCAGAUCUGUAAUCAAACAUAUAUUAAACUGUUCUGUUCUGGG